AUGGCCCCGGCAAGCAACUUCUUCAAGGCGGCGCGCCCUGUCCUCCGCCAGCAGCCCUUCGCCGGCGCCCCGAUCCGCAACGCCUUCCGCACCUCCCAGUUCCGCGCCCAGUUCCGCGAGAGCUCCAAGAGGUGGCAGAGCUCGACCGCCUCCGCCGAGGGCGCCCAGCAGAGCUGGGUCAAGCGCAUGUGGGACAGCCCCGUCGGCCUGAAGACGGUGCACUUCUGGGCUCCUGUUAUGAAGUGGGCUCUCGUCCUCGCCGGCAUCGCCGACCUUGCCCGUCCCGCCGAGAAGCUUUCCCUCACCCAGAACGCCGCCCUGACGGCCACCGGUAUCAUCUGGACCCGCUGGUGCUUGAUCAUCAAGCCCAAGAACUACCUCCUCGCCGCUGUCAACUUCUUCCUCGGUGUCGUCGGUGUCGUGCAGGUCUCCCGCAUCCUGCUCUGGCAGUCUUCCCAGAAGAGCGUCGGCGACGUCGCUCAGGAGGUCAAGGAGGAGGCCAAGGAGGCUGUCAAGGCAUAG